AUGAACUGUCUCCGCCUGCACACGCCGGCCCUGCUGUGCGGCGUCAUCCUGCUCCUGCUGACGGCCUGCCAGGCCCGUAAGCACCCGGGGGGCACCCAGGCCCACCACCACCACCACGUGCCCUGCUUCAGCCAGGAGCAGCUGCAGGCCGGGGAGGUGCCCAUGCACUACGUGAGCCGCGCCGUGCACUGGGACCGCUAUGCCCCCGUGCAGAUGGUGCCCUACCUGGAGCAGGCGCAGCGGGACCGGAGCCGCCGCCGCCGUCGGCACCCCGAGCCCGGCUGCCCCACGCUGCAGCUCGCAGCGGGCGCUCACAGUGAAGCCAACGAGCGCUCCAUCUCGCCCUGGCGAUACCGCAUCGACGAGGACGAGAACCGGUACCCGCCCAAGCUGGCCUUCGCCGAGUGCCUGUGCAACGGCUGCAUCGACACCAAGACCGGGCGGGAGACAACGGCACUCAACUCGGUGCUCAUCCACCAGACCAUGAUGGUGCUGCGCCGCAAGCCUUGCCCACGCGACGCCCCCGCCACCUUCGCCUUCGAUGUGGACUACAUCCGCGUGCCCGUCGGCUGCACCUGCGUCCUGCCCCGCAGCGCUCCCUGAGCUGCCCACGGGGCGGGAGGGCCACCGCGCUCCCAUGGAGUCGCCCGCCCGCCAGCCACCCAUAGCCCCCUGUAGCGUGACCGUGUCACGUGGCCAGUAUGUGCUUGUUCUAAGGCACGUGUUUAUACCCGCCAUAGGCCCUAUGGAUCCAGAUCCCUCCCACCUGCCUGCACACAGCGUGACCCCCCACCUCCCUGGUGCAUGGAGAGCCUGGCAUCCAGGCGUCGGGGUGGACGCAGCAAGGCGCCAUCCUCAUGCAUCCGGGCACUGCCUGGGGUCAGCGUUGCCCGGGGUGUAUUCAGGGGCUUGUGCCUGGUUUUACCCCAUUCCCUGCAGGAAAACCUGGGGUCUCGAGGCAGGUCCAGGUGCACGGGGAUGCAGGGCAGUGCUGCCCCCCCCUCCCCCCCCCUGCCAUGUAUUUAUUUGCCUGUGUUAUUUAUGAGUUAUUUAUGUCGGAUCCAGCCAGGCUGCCCAGGCCCAUGGCAGCAAGAGGCCGGUGCUGAGUCCCAGGCACGUGUGUCCUGCCUCGGUCCUCAGCCUGGCUAGUUAUUCCAGCCCUUGCUGCUGUGCAUAUGUGUGCACACACGUGUGUGUGUGUAAGCCUGCUGCUGUGAGCCUGAUGCUCAUAUGUAAAGCCCUUAAUUAUUAUUACUAAUUAUUCAUAUUAUUAUUGUUAUUUAUGCUCUC